AUGGAAGCUGAACAAAACUCCAUUUUCCACCAUCAUUCCGAAACGAACGAUCUUCCAUUGCUGCUCAUUCAACGCCUUCCUUCCGUGGACCUCCCUUCUCUCACCGAUCUCCUCCGCCCCCAUUUCCGCCUCCUCGACCCCCACAACCAACCAACCUCCCCUCCCCUCCCUCUCCAAGCCUUCCUCUCCCUCCACGCGUCCACCGCACGUGCCGUCGUCAUCUACGGCCCCUGCCCUUUCAGCCUCCUCCCUUCUCUGGAGCUCGUCGCAGCCACCUCCGUAGGCACCAACAGGAUUGACGUCGCCGCCUGGGCCGUCACCAACGCCGGUGGCGCCUUCACCGAGGACGUCGCCGAUUACGCCGUCGCUCUGCUUAUCGACAUUCUGGGGCGAGUUUCCGCCGGCGAUCGGUACGUGCGCUCAGGUCUGUGGCCGGUUAGAGGAGAGUACCAGCUUGGAUCUGAGUUAGGAGGAAAGCGAGUUGGGAUGGUGGGGCUCGGGAAAAUUGGCUCGGCGGUCGCUAAGAGGCUCACGGCCUUUGGCUGCAAUGCCUACAACUCUAGGACGGAGAAGCAAACUGUGCCAUUCCCAUUCUUUGCAAAUGUCUGGGAUCUCGCCUCUGAAAGCAACGUUCUUGUAGUGUGUUGUCCGCUGACGGUGGAAACUCACCACAUAAUCAACAAAGACGUCAUGAAGACGCUUGGAAAGGAGGGAGUUAUAAAACUGGUGAAUGUUGGACGCGGAGCGCUUGUCGAUGAGGAGGAGCUUGUCAAGCUUCUGGUGCAAGGGGAGCUUCGUGGGGCGGGGCUCGGUGGGGCGGGGCUCGAUGUCUUUGAGAAUGAGCCUGAUGUUCCGAAAGAGUUGUUUGAAUUGGAUAACGUUGUGUUUUCUCCUCAUUGUGCCGUUUUUACGCCAGAGUGCUUUGAUGCAUUGGAGGAGCUGAUCAUUGCCAACUUGAAGGCCUUCGUUUCAAAUGAGCCUUUGAGGAGUCAACUUAAAAACACUCUGGUUGUGAUAUUGUGUUUAGUACCGCAGUCAGUUUCACUUUCUGCGUGUGAAUCAUCUUGGUGA